CUCUUAGGAAUGACUUGUUGGGCCAUUUGCGUGCGCCGGGUGAAACCCUAUUAGGACCCUUCUUAGUAGCAUUAUAUAGACCCCCUGCUAGCAGAAAGACUCAAACUUGAGACCUUUUCUCAAGGUCAUCAACACCAUUGCUACUUGGGCUACCACUCUGGUGGUUCGAGAUUAUUCCUUUGCUAAGUUGCUGGGAUGGUAAAUUUCUGUCCAUGGUGAAAUUACCAUCAACCCCAUUUGAGUGGUUUUGUAGUUAGUUGUGAUUGGAUAUUGAGCUAGUGGACACCAGAGGAAGAGAUGCAGAGUAGUACAGCCUAGCCUUCAGUCUGUCCAGCAAUCAUUCAAAACUUAAAAAAGCAAGCAGCAACAGCUUACCAGUUUUCCACUUUCAAGCAAUUUGAAUGAAAAGGAUGAAAAAUCUCUAUCAGCCCUAUCUUCUCCACCUUCCUUCACUAGAAUCACUGCCCAUUCUCAGCCAGCACUUAUCUUGCUUUUGUUCAGUCCCUUAAAUGGGUAUCAGGAUCAAGCCAUUCUGCAGGAGAUAAUGUAAACCAUGAAGGGCAUGAAGGGAAGAUUCCUCAAGAAAAUAAGAUCCUUUUCAACAUUAUCUGCUCUCAAGCAAGGCAUAGUUUUCCAGGUAAACACCUCAAAUCAAAGCUUCCCCACCUCAGCUCUUGACAAUGAUCAAGCAGAUGAAAAUGGCUAUCCCAAAGAGUUUUUUCCCGGAAGUAUCAGUGUACCCAAAGUGGGGAAUCAAGUCAAAGAUGAAGCAAUUGAUUCAGCUCUCCAUGGCUGUAACAGGGAAACCAAAGACCAUUCACAGAUCCCAAUUACGUUAGAGUUUGGAAGCACUAAUGCUCAUACUGUUCCAUUGCCCUCUGUACAAUUAUUUGAAGAACCAGAAUCCUGCCACUCUCAGCCUAACCAAUUACUGAACACUGAGUUACAGAGUCCAGAGCAAGGAAAUGACAACUUUGAGGAAUUCUUUGAUCCAGAACCACUAGUUCCAUUUGAGCCAAUGGGCAUGGAACAUGAAAGUGUCAAUGAAGAUGAGGAGGAAAAUGAAGAAUCUUCACCACUCUUAGACUUUGAGGAGAAGUGUCCACCAGGAGGAAGCCAGGCAAUCAUUCUGUACACAACAAGCUUGAGAGGGAUUAGGAAAACAUUCGAGGACUGCAGCAGCAUUCGGUUCCUGUUGGAGAGUUUUCAUGUGGUUUUCUAUGAGAGGGAUGUGUCGAUGCACUUGGAGUUCCGGGAGGAGCUAUGGAAGAUCUUGGGCGGCCGAGUAGUCCCCCCGAGGCUUUUCAUCAAAGGGAGAGACAUUGGAGGAGCGGAUGAGGUGGUUGGAUUGCAUGAGCAGGGGAGGCUGAGGAAGCUCUUCCAUGGAAUCCCACAGAGGCCAUCCAAUAAUCCCUGCAGCGGGUGUGGCGGUAUGCGCUUUGUCGUCUGUCUCAGCUGCCAUGGUAGUUGUAAAGUGAAUCCACAAGAUCUAGCCAAUGAAUUCCCCAUUAGGUGUUCAGUGUGUAAUGAAAAUGGAUUGACUGAGUGCCCAAUUUGCUGCUGAAACAUCUAACCUUUUCUCUACAAAUAAUGUCUUGUUCUUGUAAUGUAUGAUCAUCAUCAUCAUCGUCGUCGUCAUCAUCAAUCACCUUUCCCUUCUCCAGUUCCAGUAUUGACAACUUCACCACUUUAUGCUACUCAAAUUGGUUCUGGUUGUAUAUUAGAUGGUAUAGAUCAAAUUGGUGCUUAGAAUUUGAUGGUCUUGUAAUCUUGUAAAUGUAUCAGCUGCAGAAUCCUUCUACAAGUAAUUAGAGGAACUAGCAGAUUAGCCUGAUAUAUUAGCAUGUUGAAAUGUAAUCUUGGAGAUCUGAAACUGGCUAGCUCUAUAGCAAAAUUCUACUAGUGAUGAAUCUAGG